AUGGCAACGCUGACAAUCUUGACGGUGAACGACGUGUACGACGUUGCGCCUGACGCGCAUGGCAUCGGCGGCAUGGCCGAGCUGGCGACCUUGCUGCAGCGUGAGCGAGCGGCGACACCAGCGUCGUCGACGCUGCUGACCACGAUCAACGGCGACUUUCUCUCGGCGUCGCGAGCCGGAUCCUACUACAAAGGCGCGCACAUGAUCGACCUUCUCAACCACAUGGACAUCGACUUUGCCGUCUUUGGCAACCACGAGUUUGACUUUGGCGCCGACGUCUUGGCGCAGCGCGUCCAAGAGUCCAAGUUUCGCUGGUUUGGCUCCAACGUCAAGGAGAGAGCGACCGGCGGCCUCUUUGCGAACGCGACCGACACGCUUCUUCUUCCGAUCGGUCAAGACGGCGCACUCAAGCUGGGCAUCUUUGGCAUCUGCACGCCCGAGACGCCGCAGCUCUCAUUUCCUGGCGACCGCGUCGUCUUUGAAGACCUCAUCGAGACGUCGCAGCGCUGCGUGGACAGCCUCGUGGCCCAGGGCGCCGACGUCAUCCUCGCCUUGACGCACGUCAGCAUCGCGCACGACAAGCUCGUGGCCCGGCGCGUGCCCCGGAUCGACAUCAUCAUUGGCGGCCACGACCACGACCCGUACACACUCUACCAGGGCAAGACGUUCAUCCACAAGUCGGGCCAGAACGCGAAUUGGCUCGGUCGGCUCGACUUUCACAUUGCAAAGGACGGGCCAAAGGUGCUCGUGACGCCCGAGUGGAAGAUGCUAUUGAACAAAGGCGUGGCGCCGGACGCCGACAUCACGCGCCUCGUGCAAAAGUACAUGGCGCGCUUCUCCGGUGAUGACGACGCCGAGAACCGACCAAUCGCGGUGCUCGAGCUGCCGCUGGACGUGCAAACCGUCGUCGUGCGCGGUCAAGAGAGCAGCUUUGGCAACUUGGUCGCUGACGCAAUCCGGUCCGAGCUCGGCGCCCACGUUGGUCACGUCAGUGGCGGCUUUCUCCGAAGCAACACCCUGCAUGCGGCCAAGACGACGCUGACGGCGCGCAUGAUCCACACCGACAUGCCGAUCCAGGGACCGGCAGUGCUGACGCGGAUCCGCGCCGGCGACCUCCAAGAGGCGCUUCUUCAGCAACUCGGCGCAUACCCAGCGCUCUCGGGCUCGUUUCCCCACGUCUCUGGCGUGCGACUCGUGUACGACAGCAGCACCCGAACGAUGACGUCAUUUACGGACGAAGCCGGUAACGAAAUCGAUUUGAACGCAGAAUUGACCGUGGCAACAACGCAGUUUAUUGCUGGCGGUGGCGACGGCUGCGUCGCGUGGCGCAAGGGCUUGGUGGUUGAGACGCACGAUAUCAUGGCCAACGAGGUGAUUCGCUUCGUCGAGAAGCAGCGAAUUCUGGCCUACGCCGCCACGGAAGGCCGCAUCGUCAUUCUUGACUAG